GGGAGGGGGCCGUUUUCUAUUGAUAGUCAUCUUCACUCGGACUUCGGCUUAGUUGGGACCACGCGCGCAAACCUGGAGGGAAGGAAACAAAAAGGAAGAUGACACCGAGAUGAAGAACGACACACUUCAGUCCUGCUCUGCGAUCGGCCGAUGAAGAUGGCCCACCUCUUCCUGGCCGGCAAGACGGUCCCGCCAGAAGACGGCAACCUGGCGUCUUUCUCCUACGAGAAGCUCGAUUCGGGCGGUAAGGACAGCGACGCCGUCGUCACGGCGAUGUGGGCCCCGCACGCGGACGAGGCGCAGCUCUUGAGCGCGGCCACCGGGGGCGCCGAGAUGUCCUGCUACCGCUGCACGGUGCCCUUCGGGGUGGUGGUCCUCAUCGCCGGCGUGGUGGUGACGGGGGUGGCCUACACCUUCAACUCGCACGGCUCCACCAUCUCCGUCCUGGGACUGGUGCUGCUGGGGGCCGGGCUGGGCCUGCUGGGGGCCAGCGCCACCUGCUGGAGGCUGCGGACGCGCGGGAAGAGCGACCAAAGGAGGAGGGAGAGCCAGGCCGACCUCGUGGUCGGCCUGGGGUACUGAGACGCUGCGAGACGGACCUUCGGGGGAUGAAAAAUGAUUUGCAAGAAAUGAUCGGAGGAGUUCUAAAACCUUACAGAGGAGACAUUUUCCCAAGGAGCCCUUCAUAAUCCUAACAUAAAUUCAACAUAACUGCCAUAGUAUUUUCUGGAGAAAAAAAAAAAGUCAUCAUUUUAGGAGAAUCAACUCGUAUAUUUGUAUUUAUAUUUGAAGUCGUAAUAUUCUGAUAUCAAAGUCAAAGUUUAACGAGGGAAGAAAAUCGGACGGAAUUGAAAACUUGCUCGUUUUCGAGAAAAAAAGUUACAAUUGCAAAUUAAUAUUUCUUCGAGAAAAAAAGGGGCAAUGUUACGAGAAUAAGGGCAUUUUUUUUUUUUUUAAAGCUGUAAUCUUCACAAGAACGUGUAUUUUGUCAGGAUAAAAAUUCCUAAUCUUACGUGAAUCAAGUCUGAAUAUUCUGAAUAAGUCAGAAUAUUCUGAUAGUUCAUUGAGAAAAGAAAAUUCGAAACAAUAAAAAAAGUUGCCUCUUUCAAUUUAUUACUUCAUCGAUGAAUGGGUUGUCUCAUCAGUCCGAUUUAAAAAUCCCCCAUUAUUUCCCAUGCCUGUUUUAACCUGUUGGUUUGCUGUGCAGCGCCCCUUGCGGUCAGGAGGUUAAACAACACUCAAAUGAUCAUCAGGAUGUCACGAUGAACUCAUUCUCAGAGUUUGAAUUCAAUAAAUAAAUACAUCAAAACAAUUGACGUAACUUUCAAGGAGCAGAUAAGAUAGAAUGAAUAAAUGCUGCUAUGAGAAAUGGUACUUUGUUAUGCUUAUGAUACUUUUUGACAAAAGUGACAAAAAAGCUGCAACUCUUCCGAUAAACUGUGUACACAUACCGAUAAUCGGACCAAUUUUUGAGCCCAAUUCCCCUUACUUCCGAUCAAAGUCAGCAUACUUCUUUUUCUUUGUAUUUUCUGCCAGUCUGGAUAUCCUGUUGCACCAUGCUGCCUCCCACAGGUCAGUCUUGGUACUACACGAGAAAGUCAGUUUAACGUCGUCAUGCGUGUACCGGGCUUUCGGAGAUUAACUUUGGCCCACACUCUGUAUACAAAUGUACUUUUUUAUGUAAACACGCACAAAUGCCAGCAAAAUACUAAACUUUCUUGCCAGAGGCAUAUUAUUCUGAUUUCUAAUGAUAAGAAAAGUGUGUCACAAAAAUAGACAGUAAGUCAAACUUUUUUUUGGUUUGUUUUUUGUUUUUUAACCGCCUUAUUUAUUCAUGCGUCACAUUCUGCACGACUGGAUGCUUUUCUAUGAAUAAAGUCACCAGAUGUU